AUGCAGUUUGGGCAUGCUGCUACUUACAGAGGUUGUCAUUGGGAAUAGAGAAGGAUGAUACUGCAGACAAAAAGUGAGCUACAGGUUAAUGGGAAUUUCUUCUGCAUGUCUAGUACACGGUCGUUGUGACAUACAAGAAAAAAUAAAUACUUAUUCUGAUAAACAAUGUCAAUGCAGAAAUAUCUUACAAUUAAAGACAACAAUUGUCGUAGCAUCACUGCCCUGGGCUAUCAUCCAGCAAGAAGGGAGAUUCUGACUGGUGGCUCGGAUGGAUCAAUAAAAUGGUGGGAUUUAGACAGCGGCAGGCUGUCCAGCUCCAGUUCAGAACAUGAAGGAAUGAUAACACAAUUCUUAUAUUGGACAGAUGUCAAACUUCUUUUGUCUGCCUCCAAUGAUGGAACUUUGGUUGUAUGGACAGUUGGAGCAACAGUUUUAGAAAAAAUAAUGCUACGGAGGCCGAUUUUUUCCAUCGCCAUCAAUCACAGACGGCAACAGCUUGUUUGUGGAUUUAAAGGCCGUCUUACUGUCUACCCUUUGGACCAAAAAAGGACAACAGGCAAAGUGAUUAAUGUCAAGGAGAGUCACAGCAAUAACACUCACAGAGAUAUUGUCUCCUGCAUCAUCUGCCAUGAUAGCCAGAUUUACAGCUGUGGAUAUGAUAGAAAGUUUAUCAUAUUUCACACCAGUUCAUAUUCCAAAGGAAAGAAUCUGGUGGUGGUCAACUGUAACUCUAGUGCUCAUGAUGCAGGAAUCACAACAUUAAUAAUGGUUAAGGAGAAGGAAAGCACACGUUUUUUGACAGGAUCUUUUGACAAAACAGUGCAUGUGUGGUCACAGGAUGGGCAGGUUAUCCAGAAGCUCACUUUCAGUGGAGUAAUAAAUGGACUGUGCUAUAUACCCUGUGUCAACUUGGUCUGGAUCAGCAGUGGACUGCCUACUGUUUCAAUUUAUGAUCCAAAAUCUGGAGAAAUUGUGUCAGAGUUUAUUGAUAUAAUUAAUAGUUCAGAGAAUGGGCCAAAUCUAGAACGACUGAUGUAUCUUUCAGAGAUCAGCUAUGUGGUGGGCUCUGCAGGUCAGUGUCACAUGAUGGUAUGGCGGUACAACAAAGCAGGAAGUGCCACUGUAUUAACAAACCAACAGCCUGUUGAAUGUCUGGCAUAUACUAUAAAAACACCUAUCCUGUUAUUUAGUGGCCAUAGUGAUGGGACAUUUGCAAAAUGGGAACAGAUAAAAUCAUCUGAAUUUUUGUACAGUCAAGAGUCUUUUAGUUUACAUGAGUCAAUUCAUAAAGGGGAAGAAAUGACCAAUGGCUCCACAUCUGAACGAAUUAUAGAUUCUCCUGAAUUGAAGCGUAGGAUUAUGUUUGCAAAAAAAUACAAGGAAGAGUCAGAGAAAAAUAUGAUAUUAAUUCAAGGAGACAAUGUAGCAGGCUACAUAAGGAGUGUGUUUAUUGAAGAACUAGACAUUUUGGCCUUAUCUUCUGAAAAUGGGAGUAUUCAGCUGUGGGGCUUUGAUGAUUUAUUGUCCAGCAUUUCACAUACAGUGCCUUCACAAAUGAAGACUGGGUCAGGCACAAGAAAGAAAUUGAAGAUUCAGCUAAACACAUCUAAUGAGUUAAAGCAGAGUGAUGCAAAUGGAAAGGACCAUAUUUCAGACUCUUUCUCAAGUCGGCUUUCUGGUAUUGUUUGUAAGAAGCUUUUGACUGGUCAUUUUCACAGUGUCUCAGGUUUGGCUGUGAUUAAAAAUAAAGCACUCUACAGCACUAUAUAUUUGGUCAGUGGUGGCUGGGACAGGCGGCUCUGCAUUUGGGAUGUGAAAGCUGGUAAACUUCAAGACACUUUUUGCAAUCCAGACUUAGAAAAAUGGCAUGAAUUAAAAGAGGUGGCUUGUGAUGGAGCUAUACUGGAUCUUGCAUAUGCUCCAAAGAGGAACGAGAUUGCAUACUCAUCUAGUGAUGGGAUGAUUUAUAUGCGCCAGUUCAGCCCAGUGGGCAAAGAAAUGAAACUGGUCAAUGUGCUCCAAGGGCAUGAAUCUGAUGUUACCUCCAUUGUGUGGCAUUCUCUUAUAGACAAGUGGAUUAGUGGCUCAGAGGAUGGUACAAUACGGAUAUGGAGUGAAGAUGGUAUGCAAUGUGAACAUGUCCUUGAGACUAAUGGAGCUGUCAGUUGCCUCAACUUUGAUACAGUCAAUGGAUGCAUUAUGGCUGGAGUUCACAAUGUGUUAAGGGUAUAUGAUGCUAGGACACUUUUGGAAGUACAAAGAAAUGUGGGACACAAAGAUUCUAUCCGCUCAGUCAUACACAUCACAGAAAGAAACCAGUAUAUUACAGCUUCAUCAGACAAGACAAUACGAAUUUGGAAGUCUCAUCACAAGCUGCCCACGUGAAUUCAGUAGAGAUGAGAAGGGAACAUUUUCAGUAAUCAUUUUCUUCUUUUGUUUAAAAAAAUGAGCCCAUCAGAUUGCACAUUGUUUUUUAUUGUCAUUUGAUUAAAUAAAUAUUAAAGAGACAUUUUAUGUUGCUUUUAAUUUGCGUUUUAUCAAACUAUUCCAUGCUAUGUUUAGUACAUAUUAAUUAUAACAUGUCACUUAAAAGAAUAUGUGUAAUGUAAGCUGGCAAUAUUAUAGGUUAUGUCCAUGCAGACCAGGUAGGCAACACUUUACAUGUGGUAGUUUACAUAAUGGGUGAGGAGAUUAUACUGAUAAUGAUGUUUUAAAAAUAUUUAAUGUUUAAACGGUGGCACAGCAGUUUAUGCUGCUACCUCACACCUCUACAGCACUGGGUCAGUGAGUCUUAGCCUGUUUACUCUCUGUGUAGAGUUAGCAUGUUCUCCGUGUAUCUGUUCCAUUUGUUUCCCAUGAUACUCCAGAGUUCCUCUCACAUUCCAAAGACUAGCAUGUUAGGACUUUAAAUUAAUCCUGUUUUAGUGCGGAUGAAUGAUUAACCCAUGUGAUGAACUUGCUAAGGGUAAAUUUCACACAAUCAUUAAAACGUUUGUCUUAACAUGUGCAACCAUAGACACAGAAUGCACAGUGUGGAGGAGUGCUGAACUUCAGCUACCUUUAAAACCCAACUUGAUGUUAUUUUGGAGAAAUUAGGUAGAUAGGAAUGGCAAAUAACCUCAAAAAUAAACCUCCAUGAUGGAAAGUUAACUCUUUUUGUAAAU